AUGUCUAAAUUACGUAUUUUAGUUCCAGUAAAGAGAGUUCUAGAUUAUCAAUUAAAACCUGUAUUGAAUGCAGCACGUACAGGUAUAGAGACUCAAGGUUUUAAAUUCAGCAUUAACCCUUUUGACGAUAUUGCUUUGGAAGAAGCUUUAAAAUUGGAAUCUGCAUUGCCAAAGGGUACAGUAACCACUCAUGCAGUCUCUAUUGGCUCGAAUCUACAGUGUCGUGAUAUUUUAAGAAACUGUUUAGCUAAAGGUAUUCAUGAUGUUACAUGGAUAAAUAGUGGUAAGUAUGAUCUUCAACCUUUAGCCAUUGCUAAGAUCUUAAAACAAUUUGUUACCCAAGGGGAUUAUAAUCUUGUCCUUUUGGGGAAACAAGCUAUUGAUGAUGAUUCCGGCCAAACAGGACAAAUGUUGGCAGGACUGUUAAAUUGGUCACAACUAACUAAUGCAUCAAGUGUUACUGUUGAAUCAGAUAAUAUUACUGUUACAAGUGAAACUGAUGGUAUACAAGAUCAAGUUUUACGAGCUUCAUUGCCAUGUGUCGUUACUGCAGACUUAAGACUUAAUACUCCAAGAUAUGUACCUUUGCCCAAAUUAAUGAAGGUGAAGAGAAAACCAAUUAAAGAGUUGUCUUUGGAAAAGGAUUUCUCAAAUGUGGAUAUCCAAUCAAGACUAAAUAUUGUGUCCUUAAAUGAACCUGUUGUAAAGAAAUCUGGUAUAGUGGUGGGCAGUGUGGAUGAAUUAAUUGCUAAAUUGAAAGAAUCUAAAGUGAUUUGA